AUUUCUUCUUCAUCAUAUUAUUCUUUCCAUCUUCUUCUUGUCUUGAAAUUAACCAAAGUAUUUGAGAGUUUUUUUUUUAUUAUUAUUUUUUUAGGAAAAAAAUGGUGAUCAACAAGAGUAGUGGUUCAAGCUACCAAGUGAAAUCUCCAAUGGCAAUAACAAUAUUUGGACACUUAUUGUUCAUAGCUAUAACAACACUUGUGUUAGUUUGGCUUUUACACUUUAGAGAAGGACUUGCUUUCUCUUCAUCCAACAAGUCCAAGAUUUUCAAUAUUCACCCAAUGCUUAUGGUUAUUGGAUUUGUCUUAAUGGCUGGAGAAGCAAUAAUGGCAUACACAACAACUCCAACAUCAAGGAAGAAUCAUAAAUUAUUUCACAUGAUUCUUCAUUUGAUAGCUCUUUUGACUGGAAUUAUUGGAGUAAUUGCAGUUUUUAAAUAUCACAAUGAAUCUGGAAUUCCUCAUGUGUACACACUUCACUCUUGGAUUGGUCUUUCCACCAUCAUUCUCUUUGGUUUGCAGUGGAUAUUGUCCUUUUUGACCUUCUUAUUCCCCGGGGCGCGAACGUCAACAAGGUCAAGGGUGGCACCAUGGCAUGCCCUAAUUGGGAUCACUAUUUUCUUCAUGGCAAUUGUAGCUGCAGAGACAGGCUUGGUGGAAAAAUUCAUAUUUUUGGGCCUUAGAAGGAACCAAGAAGGACUUAUAGUUAAUUUCAUUGGGCUUUUGAUCCUCCUUUUUGGAAUUUCAGUUGGUGUCACUGUUCUCAUGUAAAAUUCACAAAUAACUACUUUUCAUCCUUGCAAUUAUUAGUUAAAUAUUCAAAAAAAAAUUAUGUUAUUUCGUGUGCUAUAAAGAAUUACUUAGUCCUUGUAUGGGUGGUUUGGUUUUGUAUAUUUUUUCACUACAUAUUUUUUUUUCCUUUUUUUGUUUAUUCAGGCGUUAAUUCUUGUAUUUAAAAUGGCUUUGUGAA